GAGUGGAGGGGCAAAGUCGGUACUCUCCUUCGAGUAUAUAUGCUCGAAGCGGGCGAAGCUAUGCUACAGUUCACUAAGAGACAAAAGCGAUAAGAAUAGGAUCAGAUGUUGAUGGAAUGAGAAAAAAUCGGAAUAAAUAGAUACGCGAUACGACUGGCACAAUUAUUAAAUAAGUUGUUAACCGUUGUUCGAGGCUAAAGUUUGAUUCUGUGAAGCGGUCGUCUUCCGAGAAGACGCCAAAAGUGCGAAAGGGGACACAGUGCGAAAGGAGAAUCGUGGAUCGCUGAGGAAUAUUUCGUACUCUUUGAUCGAAUUUCGCUUCUCAUUUUAAUCUCGUUUUCGUUUCGUGCAAAAAGGGAGAAGAGAAAGUAGGGAAUAAUGGCAACCGGUACGAAUUUCUUUGCUACGCUGAUGAUACUGUGCGUUUUAAACGUGAUACUGAUGCCAAAAACGACGUACGCUGCGCCGCCCCAUUUGCUUAGCCGACAAAGGCGUGUAUCGGAUCAAAGACUUGCCGAAAUAGAGACACUUUUAGGAUUGCUGAAAAUGAAGGGCAAACUAGUGAAGGUUCCAAUUGCAUUCGGCCUGUUGGAUCCGAAGAAAAUAGGUCGUAGACGAAGAUCCGUCACGAAUGACAAACUCGAAUCUCUGAAACGUAAACUAAGAAUGAUCGCCGACUAUCCUGACACAUUUGAUGAAAAUAUGCUCGAAGAGAAGAUACUUCCAUUGUUAGUGAAGUUGAAAGAGAUCCAACAAAAUGUCGACAACAAGUAUUCGUUUAUUUAAUUCUACAAAAAUAAUCGCGCUGAGGUACAAGGCGAACGCAGAAACAGAGCCGAGAGAACGAAAAGCAAUUAGAAGAAGAGAAACAAAAGGAAGAGACAAGACACAGGAGAACAGGAAGGGACAACGCUGGGGAAAGAGAUGAAGAAAGGAGAAUUGAUAAAGAAAUAUUAUUGUACAUACGGUCUCUCGACUCUAAAAGUCGCCUGAACAGUGUUACGGACCGUCUUCCGUCCGAGCUUAAACUCUUUAAACAAACUUAUAAGAUACCGAGUAAUUAUACUAAAGAAGGAAAAAUAUAAGAUACGAAUGAUACGUUUUGGCUGCAAGGAAGAAAUUAUGGGAAAAAUCCCGAAGGAUCGUGUUCAAUUCCAAGAAAAUGUUUAGCCAAUUUGCUAAAGUUCCCUUUGAUUUUUGCUACAUUUAUUUAUUUAUUUAUUACAACUUAACAAUAUGGUAAUUUAACGUAGUAUCGAUUUAAGUAGCUCUAUUUAUUAUUUAUUAUUUAUUGACCGUAUUUUCUGUCAGACUGGAUCCGCUACUUUUUUCUUUUUUUGUAACGUUGCGUGUAAGGAAAUAUGUAUGUCUUAGAUCUGUUUCUUUGUUUUAUUUUUAUUUCUUCCGAAGAAGAAUAGUCGUGGAUGACGAAGGACGAGUGAUCUUUGUAACUGGAAAAUGGAUAUUUCACGAUCUCUCAAUUUUUAAUCUUAGGUUUCGUUAGAUCUUUUUAAGUUAUGACGUAUACAGUGGUUUCACGUUUCAUGAGUAGACUAUGGAUUUUUGUGCGUUUUUAUGGAAAACUUGCGAGAAAAAUGCAAAAAUACAUUAUUAAUGUAUAUUUGAAGUACGAUGCUUCCUUCAAUGUUUAAUAAGUAAAGUCAUUUUCUCUAUCAUUUCUUCAACCGUCUUCGUUUGGUAUGAAAAACGUUUUGUAUUCGUAAAAGUAUGAAACUUUAUAAACAUCCGUGGUCUAUCCAUGAAACAUUCUCAGUAUUGAAAUGAUAACUUUAUAAAAAGUCAGACAAAACUAUAAGUGAUAUUGAACCACUAUGAAAAAUGUAUUAGUAAAAAGGUCGAUACACUGCGUAUUUUCAAACAU